AUGCGAUCGAAAGGGAAAAUACUUUAUUGCUAUAAAGAUAAAAGAAAUGAGAUAGUUUUUAAUGAGUCUCUUUGUAUUGCAAUACUUUGUACAUAUGCAGAAAUUACAAUAAGGAAACCUGCAGGAAAGGCUUCUGUAUCAAAGCCUUUCUUUCCAAUUGAAACAAUACAAUUCAAUGAUUCCGACAAAGUUGAUUUUGGAAAUAUAAUUGAUAAAAGGAUUCAUGAAAUAUAUAAAAUGGAUAUCGCAAAUGGAGUAUUGGAGGAAACUGCACUUUCUCGAAUGAAGAAAAAUAGAACAACUGAAUCAAUUCAUUUACUUUUUGAUAUUGUUGAGGAACUUGGGGUAAAAUUUCACAAAAAAUUUUCUAACGGUAAAAACAACUCACUGGUUAUUGACUAUAUAGAGUCUAUUUAUUAUAAAUAUUUUUGUUUUAAAAGAAAGGAUAUUGAUUAUGUAGGCUCAGUCAUUAAUUCUGAAAUACUGUCUCGUGUUGACAGUAAACAAUUCGUUACAUUACAAAAGAAUGAUAAGAUGCUUAAUUCUAUUCUUCUAGAUUAUAUUCAACAAAGACAUAAGAAUUUGUAA